UAAUAAUUAUAAACAAAAAACAAACAAAAAGUUAAAGAAAAAAGCAAGAAAAACUUAAUCAGAAACUCUUCUCUCUUUAAAUAGUUACUGAAAAUGAACAAAAUAAUUAACUCUAGUAACAAAAAAUCUAGCGACUUAAUUUAAAACUCUAACAACAAUAAUAACAACUAAGUUAAGAAUGAAACAACAGGAGUAAGAUCAUUAAAUUUGAAAAAGAAUGGUAAAGAAUUUAUUCCUAACCAAGCUAACACUGGUGCUUCUAAUAAUGAACAAAAAAAGAAUACUUUAGGGUUGGGAUUGCUAUCAAAAAUAAUACCAAAAAGAAAUGAACCUUAGAAUGAUAUUGAAUAAAAUUCAACUGCUAUUAAUAUACAUGCUGCUCCUGAAAAAAGAUAAUAAGAAGUACAGAACUCAAUCCCGAAGGACCAAAAAGAACACUAAAUGCCUAAAAUAGACCUUACUAACAGAAGCCUCAUUUAGAAGUAAUAAAAUCAAUCCAAGUCAUUAAUCAGAAGAACUUCAAGCUCAAUUGACGAAAAACAAAGAUCUGAAGCAUAAACUCCAACAUUAACUGCAAAUAAAAAUGGAUUAUUAGCAGCUCCUGGAAUUCAAGCUAAAAUGCCAGAAAUUAAACUCAAUUUAAACUCUCCUUAGAAACCUUAGACCGAAGCAAAAUUACCCGAAAACAAAACUCUUCUUGACCAUACAUUUAAACCAACUUUGAACGUAAAAGCAUGUUUAUAGAAGUAACAAUAAAUUAAGCUUUAAAGUCCUCCUGAAGAAGCAUAAAAAAGAGAAUAGUAAAAUAAAAUUUCUUAGAAUAAAUUAGUAGAUUAAGUAGAGACUCAAAAAUCAUAGACUGUAGACAAUUUAAGCAACGCUCAAGUCUGUAAAUAAUUAAUCUAACUUAAAAAUCCUCUCUUAAAUUCAACUUCAAGUGUAUUUUCUAACAUUAUAAAUGAAUAGCAUUUAUAAUAAAAACCCUAAGUGAGUUAAUAAGCUAAUGAAAUAUCUUAAAAGCCUAAAAUCUAAACUGAAGAAUAAGGAUUGUUAGGUAAGAGAUCAGCAUCAAGCUUGAAUCAUACUCUUGAAAAUGAUAAAGAAGCAACUGAAAAAAAAGUCAAACCAAAUACUGAUAAUACAUGCUAUUAAGAACUAAAAUAAGAUAUUAUUAAAGAAAUGGAAGUUGAAGAGGAUUCUCACGAUGAUUCUACUUCUUCUAUUUGCUCUAAUGCUACUGUAGUUUUAAACAAUUACAACAAUUAAAAUACAUAACAAAAAUAGGAAUAAGAAACAUCAGCAGAAAUAAGUAGAAAAGCAAGCGAUUUAUCAGAUGAUUCUUAGAAAUUAUUAGGCUCUCCAGAGACCAUUUCUAAUUCUCAAGAAAUGAUCAUAAGAGAGAUGAAAAAAUAAAGGAAAAGAUCUGAAUAAUUAGAGUUAAAAAAUAAAAUAAAUGAAAAUUUGAAAUUAAUAGAAAACAAAAAAGAAAAAAUACAUAAAAUUGUUGAAAUUAUUUAGGAAAAAUUAUCUCCUGAAACUAUGAAAAUAUUAAAGGAACAUAUUUAAAAACAAAAAGAUAUUCUUUAUCAAACUAGUUCCAUUUCAUAAAAAAAGUAAAACAAAAUUAAUGUAAAGCUACUAAACCAUAUGCUCUAAAAUAACGUAUAAUUCCUUUAAAAUCUUAAAAUCUGA